CGUUCUCAGUCUUCUUGAAUCUUCUCCAUGGGCAAGGACAAGGAUCCCGAGCCGCACACCAUUGAGAUGCAGGCGGUCAAUCUCGACCCCCGCGACGACAAUGACAAUGACAAUGACGAUCGUGACAACGCUGCUCAGCCUGCGACGACGGAUCAGCAGCAGCAGCAGCAGCAGCCACAGUCAGUGGAAGAGCAAGCCGAACGCAAUCCUCACAGCGAGCCAGCAAUCCCGACGACUGCCACUGCCACUGCCACUGCGACGACCACUGACUACAACUACUACUACUGCUGGUGCUGCUGGUGCUGGUGCUGAUGCUCCUGUAGUAGCAGCAGUAGUAGUGCCAGAAGUCCCAACCGCUCCAACUGCUCCUGCUACUGCUUCAACUGCUCCUGCUACCGCUCCUGCUACUACUGCCGCCGCUGCUGCUGCUGCAUCGACAGCAUCGUCGUCGUCCUCGGCGGCCGCGGCGGCUGCAGCAGUGACGGACGCCCGCGAGUGGCUCCAGCUGCUCGCCACAAUGGUCCACCCGACCUCUGCCUCGGACGCAGUGGAGCGCGCCGCGUCGCAGCUCAUUGAGCGCAUCACGGCGUCGUCCAUCGAGUCACUGCGGGAACUCGUCGCCCUGGUUCGCAAGGACGCGCUCGUUCUGCCGCGAAUGUCCGUUCUGCUCGCAGACGCUCGGAACGAGGUCAACAUCAGCAUCUGCAAGCUGAUUUACGAGUUGUACAAGCGUCGCGAGCGCGAGUCGACGCGCUUGAUUCUGCAAUUCCUGCCUGCGUUGCUUUGGGCGUACCUAUCCUUGUCCUCCAGCGGUGAUUCGAAGUCAAUUCAUGCAUUCGAGGCAUGCCUGGUUGCCAUCUAUAACACUGAAAUCGCCGACUACGACGGCGAACCCAUCACCCAAACCUUCACCCUUCCGUCACUCUCGCGGCCCUCCGUGUACCACGACCCGGCGCCUGGAUCCACGCAAAAGCUGACCGAGUCGGCGCUUUACCAGCACGAGCACUCCACCAAGCCACAAACGGUGCGCAAGCCACUGCAGUCGGUUUCCAGCAUAACGCAGGCAGUAUAUACGCCCGUUUUGUCUCUCCUAUUGAGUCGGUACCACGCGCACAUUGGAAUUCUCCCGGCCAGCUCUGUCCUAGAAAUGUGCCAGCUGAUUUGCCGUGCGUGCUUUGACGGCUACCAAAUUUCUGCGUCGGAGCGGCAGGAGCUUCUUUCGUCGAUCGGGGCCGGGCAAGAAAGCCAAUUGCCACAGAUGGUGCAGUUGUCGCAACUUGGCAGCGCGUUCAACGCUCGGCUAGCGGAAGCAUCGGCUGGACGCGCAACACCAGCAGUGAUUGCUCGUAUCGAUCUCGACCACUACAUCUUGCUCGAAAUGCUCCACAUUGUCACGUACGCGCUGUACCAGCCAGCCACGCGCCAGGUGGCUCAGGUUGCCCUGGUUGAUCUUCAUUUGCGUGCCUCUGCCGCCUUGCUUUUUGAGCCUCUGCUUGUUUCCAGCGCCGCCAUCAAAGCUCUCCGCAGCAGCGCCGUGCGUCCUGACGCGUCGUCGGCCGUCACCACCCGCAGUGCGCUCCUGUGGCGCCCUGCCUUUGUUGACAAUGUUGAUUUUUAGCAUGUCUUGUUGAUGUGUGUGUGUGAUUUUGAUUGAAUGCAGAUGUUUCCUCGCU